AUGGUUAACCGAAGGAUCAGCAACAAUCUCAAAGACUGCGCACUUCGGCUGUGGAAUCAUGGGUGGGAAUUGGCAGACAUCUGUGAAGCAUUUGGUGUCAGCGAGAGGAGUUGCUACCGCUGGCGACGGAUCUUUGAGGAGUGUGCCCUGCUAAUGGCCAUUGAAGAUCUGUUCACUGUGUACUCCGAUCUUUUCCUUGACGAGGUUUGCACUUGGCUUGCAGUCAGCCAUGAUAUCGUUGUCAGUACCUCUACCCUAUCGCGCAACCUCAAAGAAGCUGGUCUCACAUGCAAGAUCCUUCGAAAACUUGCUUCCGAGCGUGACGAGGCCCGACGAGAGGAAUUCAAAGCAAGUCUUCGAAACGAUUUCAUCGGAGAUGGCUCAGAAUUUGUCGUCAUCGACGAAACCAGCAAGAAUGACCGGACAUAUGCGCGGCACUAUGGACGAGCACCAAGGGGACAUCGCGCACAACUCACAGAUGUCUUUGUUCAAGGGGAUCGGAUCGGCUACAUUGCAGCUCACGUGGUUGAAGGUUCUCUCAAUUCACGGGAAUUCUACGACUUCAUUGCUGAAGAUGUGCUUCCCCACAUGAGUCCCUUCCCGGGAGAACGUUCCAUUAUCGUUCUCGAUAACUGCAGGAUCCAUCAUAGUGAAGACCUUGUUGACCUUGUUGAAAGUGCCGGUUUGUUUUUGUCGCUGUUUCUCCCUUUGUGA